AAAGACUUCCGUUUCUGUGACGUAGAAGAGGUCAGGGAUCAAACUCAGUUCUUUUUUUUAGAUCUCAUAUUUUAACGGACAAAAUGACGACGUUACGCGCAUUUAACUGCGACGACCUUUUUAAAUUUAAUAACAUAAAUCUGGACCCUUUAACAGAGACUUAUGGCAUUCCCUUUUACUUGCAGUAUCUGGCACACUGGCCAGAGUAUUUCAUCGUGGCCGAGGCACCGGGUGGUGAGCUGAUGGGCUACAUCAUGGGGAAGGCCGAGGGCUCUGUGGCACGUGAGGAGUGGCACGGGCACGUCACUGCUCUGUCAGUGGCUCCUGAGUUCAGACGGCUGGGUUUGGCUGCCAGACUCAUGGACAUGUUGGAGGAAAUCUCAGAAAGGAAAGGAGGCUUCUUCGUUGACCUCUUUGUCCGUGUCUCCAAUCAAGUGGCAGUGAACAUGUACAAACAGUUAGGCUACAGCGUUUACAGAACAGUCAUUGAAUAUUACUCAGCCAGCAACGGAGAACCGGACGAAGACGCCUACGAUAUGAGGAAAGCGUUAUCAAGAGACACCGAGAAGAAGUCCAUAAUUCCACUCCCGCAUCCUGUCCGUCCAGAAGACAUAGAAUAACACUGAAGUGGCUCUCUGACUCGCUCACUUACCCCAUAUUGGGAAAAUAAAGAUGUAAGACCCAUCAAGUUUAGUAUAUUCAUAUCCUAUUGCAAAUGAAUGGUCAGAGGGUCACUGCUUUGUAAAUGUGAUUUAUAAAAAGCUUCACCAUUUCUGCACAAAUUGUCCAAAACUGAAAUAAAACACAAUAUAAUCUUCA